CCGGCAUCCAUUUCUCUCUCAUCAUGUCUCUCUCUCUCUAGAAAACAAAGAUUCAUAUCACAAACUAACAGAUCCUUAUAAAUCGUAGAUUCGUAUAAGCCUGAUUUUUCAUCUUUUUGUAGAAUUCCUUCGUGACGGAUACCGAUAUCUAGACCUAAUUAGAUUUUGAGCACAAAGUAUAAUGGUUGGCGGUAGAGUUGCUCAUCCGGUCCUGAAAGGCCCUAGCGUGGUGAAGGAACUCGUGAUUGGAGCCGUGCUCGGUCUAGCCGCUGGCGGUUUGUGGAAGAUGCACCACUGGAACGAGCAGAGAAAAACACGAGCAUUUUACGACCUGCUUGAAAAGGGCGAGAUAAGCGUUGUCGUAGAAGAAGAAUGAAUGUUGUUGUUCCUUCAUCGUAAAAUUCCGAUGUCUACAGUCAUAUAAAUGGGAGUUGGUCAUUCGGGAUUUCAUAGAACAUAAGAAUUAUGCAUUGAAGUUGUGCACAAAGUUGCUAUUUUCUUAAAAAAAAAUGUGGGAUUGCUGCUCUUCUUGAUUCAUCAUUCAUGUUAUGGUUUGAGCCUGAA